AAAACAUACAGUCGCAUUAAAUAUAGUGAAACAAAGUGACAUUCUGUGGUGAAAACUUUUUUUAUUUAUUUUUUUCUAGUGGUUUGUGGGUACAGUGUAAACAUUUCGGAAUAUUGUUAAAGAUUUCGGAAUAUUGUUUAAGAUUUCGGAAUAUUGUUAAAGUAUUGACAGACAAAGCUGUAACAUCGCUAGAGAAGUGAGAACUGCAAGAUCAUGAGAUGGCGGUCGAUGUGCGAAUACUGACAGCAACAUUGCUGGUACUCACCACUGCUACAGCACAGCGAGAUCGAUGUGGCUACAUGGUACAAAUACCCAGACCAGACAGGCCUGACUUCCCACCACAAAAUUUUGACGGUUUAACAUGGGCUCAGCAGCCACUAUUACCAGCUGAGGAUCGAGAAGAGGUCUGCCUCAAUGACUAUGAACCUGAUCCCUGGAGCAACAACCAUGGUGACCAGAGAAUUUACAUGGAGGAGGAGAUCGAAGGUCCCGUAGUCAUUGCGAAAAUUAACUACCAAGGAAACACCCCUCCUCAGAUAAGAGUACCUUUUCGUGUUGGUGCAGCCCACAUGCUUGGAGCCGAAAUUCGUAAAUAUCCUGACGCAACUGGAGACUGGCAUCUUGUAAUUACUCAAAGGCAGGACUAUGAAACUCCUGAUAUGCAGAGAUACACGUUCGAUGUGAGUGUGGAAGGCCAGUCGCUGGUUGUAACGGUGAGGCUGGAUAUUGUGAACAUCGACGACAAUGCGCCCAUCAUUGAGAUGUUAGAGCCUUGCAACUUACCGGAACUUGUUGAACCCCAUGUUACAGAAUGUAAAUAUAUCGUGUCCGACGCAGACGGUCUGAUCAGUACAAGUGUUAUGAGUUAUCAUAUAGACAGCGAGAGAGGAGACGAAAAAGUAUUCGAACUGACCAGAAAAGAUUAUCCGGGCGAUUGGACGAAGGUGUAUAUGGUUCUUGAAUUGAAAAAAUCUCUUGAUUACGAAGAGAAUCCUCUACACAUAUUCAGAGUCACGGCUUCUGAUUCCUUACCAAACAAUAGGACCGUGGUCAUGAUGGUUGAAGUAGAGAACGUGGAACAUAGAAAUCCUCGGUGGAUGGAGAUCUUUGCUGUGCAACAGUUUGAUGAAAAACAGGCGAAAUCGUUCACAGUGCGAGCUAUUGAUGGCGACACGGGAAUCAAUAAACCUAUAUUCUAUCGUAUAGAAACUGAAGAUGAAGACAAAGAAUUCUUCAGCAUUGAGAACAUGGGGGAAGGCAGAGACGGUGCCAGAUUCCACGUGGCUCCUAUAGACAGAGACUACCUGAAAAGGGAUAUGUUUCAUAUAAGAAUAAUUGCAUAUAAACAAGGUGAUAAUGACAAAGAAGGUGAAUCAUCGUUCGAGACCUCAGCAAAUGUGACGAUUAUAAUUAACGAUAUAAAUGAUCAGAGGCCAGAACCCUUCCAUAAAGAAUACACGAUCUCCAUAAUGGAAGAAACUGCGAUGACCUUAGAUUUGCAAGAGUUUGGUUUUCAUGACCGUGACAUUGGUCCCCACGCUCAGUACGACGUUCACUUAGAGAGUAUACAGCCAGAGGGGGCCCAUACCGCUUUCUACAUCGCCCCUGAAGAAGGUUACCAGGCCCAGUCUUUCACCAUAGGUACUAGAAUCCAUAACAUGUUGGAUUAUGAAGAUGACGACUACAGACCAGGAAUAAAGCUAAAGGCAGUAGCAAUUGACAGACACGAUAACAAUCACAUUGGGGAAGCAAUUAUUAACAUUAACCUUAUCAAUUGGAAUGAUGAGCUACCUAUAUUCGACGAGGACGCCUACAACGUGACAUUUGAGGAGACGGUCGGUGAUGGCUUCCACGUUGGUAAAUACCGGGCUAAAGACAGAGACAUCGGUGACAUAGUCGAGCACUCGAUAUUGGGCAACGCUGCAAACUUCCUAAGAAUUGACAUAGAGACUGGAGAUGUGUACGUGUCACGGGACGAUUACUUUGAUUAUCAAAGACAGAACGAAAUCAUAGUUCAGAUUCUGGCUGUUGAUACACUAGGUUUACCUCAGAACAGGGCUACCACACAGCUCACGAUAUUUUUGGAAGACAUCAACAACACGCCACCUAUACUGCGACUGCCACGUUCCAGUCCAAGUGUAGAAGAGAACGUUGAAGUCGGGCACCCGAUUACCGAGGGGCUAACGGCGACAGAUCCUGACACCACGGCCGAUUUACACUUCGAGAUCGAUUGGGACAAUUCUUAUGCUACGAAGCAGGGCACCAAUGGACCCAACACUGCAGACUACCACGGAUGCGUAGAAAUUCUGACGGUAUACCCAGAUCCUAACAAUCGCGGGAGAGCUGAGGGUCACUUGGUGGCCAGUGAGGUCAGUGAUGGCGUGACCAUCGAUUACGAGAAGUUUGAGGUGCUGUACCUCGUCGUCAGGGUGAUAGAUCGCAACACUGUCAUUGGCCCUGAUUAUGACGAAGCAAUGCUGACGGUGACGAUAAUCGAUAUGAACGACAACUGGCCGAUAUGGGCCGACAACACGCUGCAGCAACCACUGCGCGUGCGCGAGAUGGCCGACGAAGGAAUCAUCGUCGGUACACUGCUCGCCACCGACUUGGAUGGCCCUCUCUACAACCGAGUCCGCUACACCAUGGUCCCCAUCAAGGACACUCCUGAUGACCUGAUAGCGAUCAACUACGUCACCGGUCAGCUGACUGUGAACAAGGGCCAAGCAAUUGACGCAGACGAUCCACCUCGCUUCUACCUGUAUUACAAGGUCACUGCCAGCGAUAAGUGCUCUCUUGACGAGUUCUUCCCUGUGUGCCCACCUGACCCCACCUACUGGAAUACCGAGGGAGAGAUAGCGAUCGCGAUAACCGAUACGAACAACAAAAUUCCACGCGCGGAAACAGAUAUGUUCCCUAGUGAAGAGCGCAUCUAUGAGAACGCACCCAAUGGUACCAAGAUCACGACGAUCAUCGCUAGUGACCAGGAUAGAGAUCGACCAAAUAACGCGCUGACGUACAGAAUCAACUACGCAUUCAACCACAGGCUGGAGAACUUCUUCGCAGUGGACCCUGAUACUGGUGAACUGUUUGUACACUUCACCACUAGCGAAGUGUUGGACAGAGACGGAGAGGAACCGGAGCAUAGGAUCAUCUUCACCAUCGUCGAUAACUUGGAAGGCGCUGGAGAUGGCAAUCAGAACACAAUCUCCACGGAGGUGCGUGUUAUACUGCUUGAUAUAAACGACAAUAAGCCGGAACUACCAAUUCCUGAUGGCGAAUUUUGGACCGUUUCCGAAGGUGAAGUGGAGGGAAAACGCAUUCCACCAGAGAUUCACGCACACGACAGAGAUGAACCAUUCAACGACAACUCUCGCGUGGGAUAUGAAAUUCGAUCGAUCAAAUUGAUCAAUAGAGACAUCGAGCUUCCUCAAGAUCCAUUCAAAAUAAUAACGAUUGAUGAUCUCGAUACCUGGAAAUUCGUUGGAGAGUUGGAGACUACCAUGGACCUUAGAGGAUACUGGGGAACCUAUGAUGUCGAGAUACGUGCGUUUGACCACGGUGUCCCGAUGCUGGAUUCUUUCGAGACCUAUCAACUAACCGUCAGGCCAUACAACUUCCAUUCACCGGUGUUUGUGUUCCCAACUCCUGGCUCAACCAUCAGGCUUUCUAGGGAGCGUGCCAUAGUCAAUGGUAUGCUGGCUCUGGCUAAUAUCGCGAGCGGAGAGUUCCUCGACAGACUCUCUGCCACUGAUGAAGAUGGGCUACACGCAGGCAGAGUAACUUUCUCCAUAGCUGGAAACGAUGAAGCUGCGGAAUAUUUCAAUGUGUUGAACGACGGUGACAACUCAGCAAUGCUCACGCUGAAGCAAGCAUUGCCCGCUGGCGUCCAGCAGUUUGAGUUGGUUAUUCGGGCCACGGACGGCGGGACGGAGCCGGGACCUAGGAGUACCGACUGCUCCGUCACUGUGGUGUUUGUGAUGACGCAGGGAGACCCCGUGUUCGACGACAACGCAGCUUCUGUCCGCUUCGUUGAAAAGGAAGCUGGUAUGUCGGAAAGGUUUCAGCUUCCUCAGGCCGAUGACCCCAAAAACUACAGGUGUAUGGACGACUGCCAUACCAUCUACUACUCUAUCGUUGAUGGCAACGAUGGUGACCACUUCGCCGUGGAGCCGGAGACUAACGUGAUCUAUUUGCUGAAGCCGCUGGACCGCAGCCAACAGGAGCAGUACAGGGUAGUGGUGGCGGCUUCCAACACGCCUGGCGGCACCUCCACCUUGUCCUCCUCACUCCUCACCGUCACUAUCGGCGUUCGAGAAGCAAACCCUAGACCGAUCUUCGAAAGUGAAUUUUACACAGCUGGCGUCUUACACACCGAUAGCAUACACAAGGAGCUCGUUUACCUGGCGGCAAAACAUUCAGAAGGGCUUCCUAUCGUCUACUCGAUAGAUCAAGAAACCAUGAAAAUAGACGAGUCGUUGCAAACAGUUGUGGAGGACGCCUUCGACAUUAACUCUGCAACCGGAGUCAUAUCGCUGAACUUCCAGCCAACAUCUGUCAUGCACGGCAGUUUCGACUUCGAGGUGGUGGCUAGUGACACGCGUGGAGCGAGUGAUCGAGCAAAAGUGUCAAUUUACAUGAUAUCGACUCGCGUUAGAGUAGCCUUCCUGUUCUACAACACGGAAGCUGAAGUUAACGAGAGAAGAAAUUUCAUUGCACAAACGUUCGCCAACGCGUUUGGUAUGACCUGUAACAUAGACAGCGUGCUGCCGGCUACCGACGCCAACGGCGUGAUUCGCGAGGGGUACACAGAACUCCAGGCUCACUUCAUACGAGACGACCAGCCGGUGCCAGCUGACUAUAUUGAGGGAUUAUUUACGGAACUCAAUACAAUGCGUGACAUCAGAGAGGUACUGAGUACUCAGCAAUUGACGCUACUGGACUUUGCGGCGGGAGGGUCGACUGUGCUGCCCGGCGGAGAGUACGCGCUAGCGGUGUACAUCCUCGCCGGCAUCGCAGCGUUACUCGCCGUCAUCUGUCUCGCUCUCCUCAUCGCUUUCUUCAUUAGGAACCGAACACUGAACCGGCGCAUCGAAGCCCUCACAAUCAAAGAUGUUCCUACGGACAUCGAGCCAAGCCACGCGUCAGUAGCAGUGCUAAACAUUAACAAGCACACAGAACCUGGUUCCAAUCCCUUCUAUAACCCGGAUGUUAAGACACCUAACUUCGACACUAUAAGCGAAGUAUCCGAUGACCUGCUGGAUGUCGAAGACUUGGAACAGUUUGGAAAGGAUUACUUCCCACCCGAAAACGAAAUUGAGAGCCUGAAUUUUGCACGUAACCCCAUAGCGACACACGGGAACAACUUUGGCGUAAACUCAAGCCCCUCCAACCCAGAGUUCUCCAACUCCCAGUUUAGAAGUUAAACUAAAUACACUUUUAUCAGUUGCAUAGACUUAUGUAUUUAAUAAUUUUACAUUAAAUUUUAUUUUUAUACCAUUUUUUACAUUAAAUUUAAAUGUUUUAUAUAAUAGUGUGAUAAAAUGUACGUAACAAUCAACAUAGCUGUUGUAGGUACGUAAUAACAUACUCGUAAUGUAUAAGUGUUAUGUUUAUAUAUAGAAAUAAAAAUAUUAAAUAUUUUUUUAA